GACCGGUUCGUGUGGAGGGAGUGAGUGAUUGUUUGGAUAUGGAUUGAGUAACCAAAACAAGGAAGAAAGAGAAAGCAAAAGACAAAAAGAGGGAGAUAGAGUGAGGAAUGAAAUACCUGAUGCUUGCUGAGAUAAAGAGGGUCAGAGUUUGAUGAGACUGAGAUGAAGGGAUUUGUUUGGCACUAGAGAUAUAGACGGAGGGCGGAAGAAAAGAGAAGGAGAGAGGAGAGAGAGCAGUGGGAGGGAGGAGAGACAGAGAAUCCAGCCCUCUGGGACAGCAGUUUGUGUUUUGGGGGUGGACAGAGUGGCUUUGUAUGCAGAAGAUCACCGGACACCGACGGGAGGGACGCUGUCAGUUGUUCUCUGUGUGUGUCUGUAGUGAAACCAGACCUACCUCUGAUCCCAGCGCCACACACAGUCCUCCAUCUGCUGCCCAGGAGCCUGCCCUCAUCUUCCUCUCGAACCCCCCUCCUUCACCGAGAGUGUGUGUGACUGUGUGUUAGAGUCUCGAAGAGCUGAUUCUCUGAGGUCAGGAGUGACAGGCUGUGAUGUGGAACUUGUGGGAUUAAACUUUGUGGAGGCUCAGCAGUGACAGCGAUGGAUUGGAGCCAGGAGACGGGGAGCACAGAUUCUUGAGCUGAUGACCGGAGGAUCCCAGGGGAAGAUCUGCAAGCUCCACUAAAACCUCCCUUUGUCUGAUUGUAUCUUCCGUAUAUCUGCGUCUGAGACCUUGUGUAGUUACCCCGGCGUGUGAGCAGCCCAUGUGGGUGGUGAGGGAUGCGGAUCUGAACAAACUCCGUGCCCCGAUGCCCGCUGCUAUGCUCCCGUGCCCUGUGCCGGCCGGGUCUGACUGGAGCUUCCAGAACCCGGUGGGGGUGGACUGCAGCUCCCCCGAACCUCGCUGCAUCUGGCUGGCGGUGCUCCGUGGCACCACGGGCCCCGUGCCGCCGCCAUCCCCGCCGCCCGCCAUGCCCACUGGGCACAGCAAGAGCUCUCAUCAGGCCAGGGCUAAGGGGCGGAGGGAUGGUCUCUCCUCAGCCGGUGACAACCCUCGGCCGCCGAUGGCGACCCGGCCGGGAAGGGAGGGGGUCGGCGUGGGCUGGAAGGGCCCCCGGACGCUGGUCCUCCAUAAGAACUCCCAGGGUUUCGGUUUCACGCUGCGCCACUUCAUCGUUUACCCUCCAGAGUCCGCCCUGCACACGAACCUCAAGGAUGAGGAGAAUGGUAACGGAAAGGGGUAUCAGAAAGGUCGACUGGAGCCGAUGGACACCAUAUUUGUGAAGAAUGUGAGAGAAAAAGGUCCUGCCCACCAGGCGGGCUUGUGCACAGGGGAUCGGCUGGUGAAAGUGAACGGGGAGAGUAUUUUAGGGAAGACGUACUCGCAGGUGAUCGCCCUCAUCCAGAACAGCGAGAGUGUGUUGGAGCUCUCCAUUAUGCCAAAAGAUGAAGAUGUGCUUCAGCUGGUAAGUGCGUACUCCCAGGAUGCCUACCUGACAGGCAACGAACCCUACUCAGGGGGAGCUGAGAAUCUCCCGCCACCACCCCCCCUCUGUUACCCACACACCAAGACCACGCCCCCUGCUGGAGCCCCUCCGUCGGCCCCGAUGGGCCAGAACCAGCUGGAUAACUGGAGUCGCUGGCCAGGCUCUUCCAGCCCCUCUUCACCCCUGGAUAACCGCUCUGCUGUGGGCAGCCCCGCCAGCUGGCAGGCGGGGCGGGCAGGAGAGCCCGGAGGCGUGGGUCACAGCAGCCCGGCCCACCGCACAGAGGAGAUCCAGUACGGUAUGACCAGCCAGCAGCCUCAGGGCCAGAUCAGGGGGCGCUCCUACUCUUCCUCUUCCUCGUCAGGAGGCCCCUUAUCCAGCCCGCUCCAAGUCCACUACCCCAACCACCACGUUGCCAGCUCCUCACAGGCCCAGCCACGAAAGUCCAGCUCGGCCUGGACCAGUCCUCCCCUGCCCCAGCUCAGCCACAGCCGCAAUGAACGUUGCCAGCAGGCCCUCUCUGACUGGUACUACAGCCAGCUGCCCGAGCACUCAGGACGCUGCAUGCAGACCCGCCACCGCAGCUACUCUCAGGACCGGCUCAGCGAAACGAGGAGGCAGCAGCAGCGGACGGGUGGCUGGCCACACAGCGCCUCCCAGGACACUCUGUUGUUAUUACAGCAGUCAGGACCAGGACCCCACGGAGAGCCCGGCUGGUCAUAUGGAGACUGGGAAGGGGGCCCAGGUAGGGGCCACCCUGCCUCUAAAUAUACUCGAACUCGCUCUGAAAACCUUCUGGCCCAGUACGAUCGUCACGGCCGCUCGUUAGAGAUGCUGGACCGAGCAGCAGCUGGACUGGUGUCACCUCGGUCUGAGAGGCCUUCAUGGCUCCAGCAGGCUCCCCAGCCGCCCCCAAGGACUGAUGCCUACCCGAGGCAGGGGAGCCAUUACGGCGCAGCACAAGCUCCUCCGAUGUCCCGACACCCACAGCAGCAGCAUUCUAAACACCACCCACAGCCUCACACCCAGGCCCACUCCCAGCCCCAGGCCCAGCAGGCUGCCCCCCAGACCAGGCGACUUCCCCCUGGGCAGAGCAUGGACGAUCAGCCGGUGGGCUACCGCAGCUACAGCCCCUCUUUUUACCGCAAGACGGGCCGCAUUAUGCAGCAAGCCCACUCUUUCAGGGACCCUUCGUACUCUGGCCCUCACUUGAACUGGAACCCAGCGCCUAAAACCAGCCCCCCAGAGGGCACAGCGGCACCCCUCACCGCCUCCUCUGCAUCUCCCCUCGCCUCCGCCACUCCCGAAUCCCAGGACAGAGCGUAUAGGCCCACAAACCAUGAGAGGGAACGAGGGUCAGUGGAGGGGCAAGCAGAGGUGGUGCCACAGACCCAGGAGGUGGUGCUGAGGCAGAAACCUCCGACCGGGCGGAGGAAUGCCCACGGGAUGCGUCAUCCCCACUAUGCGCUGCCCAUGGAUGGGCUAGAACCCUCUUUGUUUUCUUCUGAUCCCCAGGACUCAGCCCCCGCCCCUGGUCCCACAGGAGACGUAGCCCUGCGCAAACCAAACGGCAACCUCGCCCCCCUCCCCAUAGAGGAUGACUCUCUGGCCUCCAUCCCUUUCAUUGAUGAGCCGACCAGCCCCGGUGCUGAUUUGCGCGCUCGCCACGUGCCGGCGUCCUCCGUGGUGUCCAGCGGCAUGAGUUCGGCGCCCGCCGUUGUCACCAGCCCCGCUUCCCCCACCUUCACCUUCCCCCUCACUAGGCUCUUCUCACACGACUGCAGCAGUAUUAAAUCCAGUCGCCGUUCCUCCUAUCUUCUAGCCAUCACCACCGAGCGCUCCAAGUCAUGUGACGAAGGACUCAACACGUUCAGAGAGGAAGGCCGAGUCUUCUCGAGGCUACCAAAGAGAGUGAAGAGUUUCUUAACAGAUGGGUCACUGGACAACCUUGGGACAGCAGAGGAGGUUCGAUCUAAGCGCCACUCCACCUCAGAGCUGGGAAACAUCACUUACAGCGACGUACGGCGAGAAGGAUGGCUGCACUUCAAACAAAUCCUCACAGAGAAGGGCAAGAAGGUGGGCAGCGGGAUGCGGCCGUGGAAGAGAGUCUUUUCUGUGCUUCGCUCCCAUUCGCUGUUCCUCUACAAAGACAAGAGGGAGGCGGUGCUUCGCGGGGCCACCAUCGGUGGCGCAGCAGAGGACGAGCAGCCAAUCAGCAUCCGGGGUUGCCUGGUAGACAUCGCGUAUAGCGAGACCAAACGAAAGCACGCCCUGCGGCUGACCACCCAGGACUUCUGUGAGUACCUGCUGCAGGCGGAGGACCGGGAGGACAUGCUGGACUGGAUAAAGGUCAUCAGGGAGAACAGCAAGACAGACAACGAGGAACUUGGCUUUUCCAGACAGGCCCUCAUCAACAAGAAACUGAAUGAUUACAGAAAACAAAGUCCAACAGGCAGCAAGCCCGACUCCUCUCCCAGGAUGCCCCGCAUGAAGCCUCCCUUCCUGCUCGCCAAGACGGAGAACGCUGCUGGAGCGCCACGCUCCCCCAAACCAGAGGGCAAAGAUGAGAGCAGCCCGCCAAAGUCUCCGUGGGGCAUCAACAUCAUGAAGAAAACAAAGAAGGCCGGGCCCAAAGCUUUCGGUGUGAGGUUGGAGGAAUGUCAGCCGGGUGCAAAUAACAAGUUCAUCCCGAUGAUCGUGGAGAUCUGCUGCGGUCUGGUGGAGGAGAUGGGUCUGGAAUACACCGGAAUCUACAGGGUUCCCGGGAAUAACGCCAUGGUGUCGAUGCUUCAGGAUCAGCUCAACAAGGGCGUCGACAUCAACCCUGCAGAGGAGAAGUGGCAGGACCUCAACGUUGUCAGCAGCUUACUUAAAUCCUUCUUCAGGAAACUUCCAGAGCCGCUUUUCACCAACGACAAGUACAACGACUUCAUUGAUGCCAAUCGGAUGGAAAAUGCAUCAGACAGAUUAAAGACCAUGAAGAAACUGAUCCGAGACCUCCCGGAUCAUUAUUACCACACACUGAAGUUCCUGGUUGGUCACCUGAAGACUGUCGCAGACAACUCAGAUAAAAAUAAGAUGGAGCCUCGUAACCUGGCUCUGGUGUUUGGGCCGACUCUGGUUCGGACGUCUGAGGACAACAUGAAAGACAUGGUCACACACAUGCCCGACCGCUACAAGAUAGUAGAGACUCUCAUCCAACAUUACACCUGGUUUUUCACUGAAGAGCUAGACAAAGAUGAAAAGACGCCAGUGGACACGGAGGACGUACAGCCCGCCCCCAACAUCGACCACCUGCUGUCCAACAUUGGCAGGACCGCUCUGCUCGGGGAGGCCUCCGACUCAACCAACAGUGACUCAGCUAAAUCAAAGGGGUCGUGGGGGUCAAAGAAGGACCUCACAGCCAAGGACUUCCUGACUCUGUCCAUCAUGUCAGCUGUAACGGGCCGCAAACGCAGAAAGCGCCACAACGCCCGUCGUGUGGGCAGCAGCACGGAUGACGACUCAGAGCACGAGCCAAUCAAAGCUGGACAUCUAGGGGCAGAGGAGGAAGAAGAGGAAGAGUCGCCUGUAGGAGACACUGCUCCUCGAGCGGAGGGAGAGGAGGAUGAUGACGAAGAGGAAGAAGAAGAGGAAGAUGAGGAAGUUGUAGAAAGCGGAGCGAAAGAAGAGGUAGAAGAGGAGGUGGUGGCGGUUAUUCCCAGUCGGCAGUGCUGUAUAGAGGAAGAGGAGGAAAGAGGAAGGCAGGCGGCGAUGUUGCUGCAGGAGGAGGAGGCACGGGCGGAGGUGAAGGGGCCAACGUGGCGAGCACCAGAGGAUGCACGCUCUAUCGUUUCUGGUUACUCCACCCUCUCCACGUUAGGGCGCAGCCUGGGGUCAGAGGGGAGGGGGGACGAUGCUGAUGAUGAGCACAGCGAGCUGGUGAGCGAGACGGACAACGAGAGCGGCUUUGCCUCGCGCUCCCUCACCCAGGAGAGACCCAGUAAACACCCAACUACACCUGUGAACACACAACCGGCAGCAGCACCGCGCAGCUUCCUCUACACACACUACAAACCCCCAGUGCUCUCACCCACAAACCUGCUUGCCCCGCCCACACCCCUCUCACACACACCAGACUCUGCGGAGAGGAGUGAAGGAGGAGCGCGCUCCACCACGCCCUCGUCCUCCUCCUUCUCCUCCUCCUCCACCACUCACAGACUGCACUCACGGCCUUCCUUCAACUCCCACAAGCUGAUCCAGUGCGACACUUUGGCCAGGAAGAAGCUGAAGUCGGAGAAAGCCAAGGCUCGCUCCCUGGACCUGUUGGAGCUGUCUGAGACCGCAGCCCAGGGCGACGGGGCCGGCUCUGGGUCGGAAGGUACACCCAGAGUGAGGAGAGAGACCUCCAGAACCAACCCCUCCUCAGGCAGCAGCCAGGAAAGCCUGCGUCUGGCGCGGCCCAAACCCGCACUGCCGCCCAGUGAGGCCGCCUCCUUCACCCCAACGGGCCCGGGCGGCAGGUCUCUGGCUGAGCAGGUGCGGGCUCGACUGCGGGGCUCGGCCGACGACCUGCACAGCGUGGGGAUGCGAAAACCGCUGUCACCUGAGACAAGAAGGAAGAGACGGGCUUGGCGCAGACACACUGUGGUGGCCUCCCCGACUGAGACGUCCGACAAGAGACCCCCACUGACUGCCAAUGAUUUCCCCUUGUCUCCUAUUAAUCAGAACCAGGUCAAAACACCAGGGCUGCCUCGGGAUGCAGACGGGCUUGAACACGGACCAGCUACUCGUCAAGUACCCACCUCUAGAUUCCACCAGUACCUGUGAGCCCUGCCACCUGACCCCAACCUCCAGGCUGAAGCUCCUGACUCUGAGGGGGGGUCCGGCCGAGCUGCUGGCUCCCUGCAGGUCAGUAGACCGACAGCAGUGUAAGCAGGGUUGUGGUUAGUUGCCAGGUGCAACACAGUGUACCAGAGAACAGGUCUUUAAGAGCAGCCCACCCUUUUCUUUUUGAUAUGCUCCAUUUGCAUGGCAAGGGGCAUUCCAGUGUUGCCAAAGCUUUUAUUUUUUUCCUAUAUGUGUGCUUUUGUAGAAAUAAUACAGGAACAGUACAGAGAUACAAACAGACCUCAUCACAAUCACUGUUACAGCCAAGAAUUCUCAUUUGAGUAAUAAGCGAGCAUCGUCCCCGUCUUGUCUUCCAUCCAGCCUGGCUCACAGACGACAUAAAUCAAAGGGUUAAAUCCCUUCAAGUGACCAGUGAAGGAUGCUGAAAUGCAGCCUUGCUCUGGUUCUUGAAAGAAUGGUGCUUCUUAACAAAGUGGAAUUACAAAAUUUCUCCAAACCUACUUCAGUGAGCCGGAGAAGACAGACUCUUAAAAUUACACAAAUAAAAUUUAAUGGUCAGGUUAAAACCAUUUCAAGAGGGAUUUCCACUCAUUUUUCAUAUCGGUCUUCCUAAACUGUUACUCUUCAGAACACAGACACUGUAUUACUCCCAUUUAUACUCCAAACAGCAGACACAUUGGGUCACAAACGCAAAAUACAGUCGUCUCUCUCUCUCUCUCUACUUGUUCAUAAUGUUUAUGUGUUUUUGCGCAACAAUAAUCGUGAUAAUGUCUGAGCGUGCAGGUGUUUGUGUUGAACAAUUUUGUAACAUUUGUACAAAGCCUUGUUAAGUUAACCUUGUAAAUAUAAAUAUUAUGUUAUCAUAUUUGUUUUUACUUUUUUAGUUCUUUUUUUAUGGUUUACAAAAAGUGCGUACAAGUGCACAGUCAUUUCUUUCAAGAUGUUACUUGAAAUGUUUCCCUUAAUAUAUUCUUUUUUGUUUUAUAUUCUCUCUAUAUAUAUAUUAUAUAUAUUUUGUAUUAAAGUAAAAAAAAAACUUUUAUUGUAAUUUCACCUCUUGGGUGUACCUGUUCAAAGGAGACGAGACAAACAUGAGUAACCCUGUUCCUUAUUUCCUCGUAGAUGGCCUUCUUCUCUGACUCUCAGCACUGUGCAGAAAAACUUUAUCUCACGAGAUGUAGUCUGAUACAUACGUUUAUCUGGUGACUAUACGUUCAGCAAUGUUGCAUCAACAUGUAGCGAGAAAACAACAAAACGUUAUCUGGUAAUUAUUGCAUUAUAUUGGACAGUUUGCAGGCAGCUCAGGUCCACACUGUGAUGACUGACCUCAUCAUUUGUUUUGUUGUUCAUGUCUGAUUACUGAGCAUUGCCUUCACAGAUCUGCUUGCAUUUGUUUGCUCGGGACAAAGCGUAGCCCCUCUGGUAAUAAAAGACAGAGAAGAAGCCCGACAGUGUUUGUUUAGCAGACUGUUAAAAAUAUGGUGUAGUGCAUACAAACGGCUACAUUUUCACUUCAAGCAAUUACGUGUUUUCAUCACAUCCCCUCUGAGGGUUCAUCUGGCUGCACAUUUAUUACCUUGAGGUUACAUGACAAGGAGAUUUCCAUAAGGUCAGGCUCUAAUAAAUCCUCCCUGACAGGGGGAAACGGUACAUUAGAGGAAAUGAAUACAGAAUACACGCUAACAAUCUGUUGUUUUUAUCUCUUGUUUUGACCGUGGAGCCAAUUUGCCAUCAGAAAAUAACACAAACAGGAGGUGCAACUUCCAAAGCUCGCUUGUUUUCAUCUGACCAAAAAGCCCAGUGAAAAAUAAUGAUGAUAAUAAUAACAAAUGAUAAGUUAUAGUCAUGUCUUACCUCAAGAUUUUUUCUACAAGUGCCUGAUUUCUGGAAUGUGUUUUUGUUCUGCAGUGCCAUGCUCGGUUCUUGUCUUUCCGUUUCCUUUUGUUGAUUCUGGGUCUCCUCCCUCCUCUCCUGUGGUCGACGGUAUAACUAAGGCACUGACCCAAAGAUGUGUACAUUAAAUACAAGUGGUCUGAGAGGCUGUAAAAAUGAAAAGAAGCACACUUCAAGCCAAGGACAUGUCUAUGCACUCUCUUUGCCUUUAACACAGGCAUUAACAGCUAUUACCGAUGCUGCUCAGAGGGAAGAGGCAUAGGAUUCUCUCAGCUGCUUUUUCUUAACAAACUGAGGCCAUCUCUCUUUGCCUAGUGAUCCACAGUGUGUGAAUAUGGUACACCUAACAAGCCCUACCCUAAAAAUUGCAUUAGGUCAUACCAGACAACAUCCCGUUUCCUAAAGACGAGCUAACAGCUCAUAACUUCAUCAGAAGGAAAACGCAACACGUGGUGUGUUGUCUGAAAUGUGAUUCACCUAAUGUCUCGUUGUUGUAUUUUAAAAUCUUUUGUACAUACUAUCUUAAUAUGUAACAUACUGUAUUGUGUACAUUUGGAAUUGCUUUUGAGUAUAACUAAUAUGAAAAUGACUGGACUUAAAGGUUGUCCGCCUGAAACCAUUUCCCUCAUGGCUGUGUGCUUUAAAGCAAGGUUAUAUGAUGUAAAUAAACAGAACUAUGU